AUGGAAGGAGAGGGGAAGAGGAUGGGAGAAGGGGAGCAGUUGAGGGUGGAAGGUCCCCAGGAACUCCUGGAGACACCAGCCAAUCUGACCCGUUGCCCCUUUGCAGGGCAGUUGUCCCAGGUUGGCCGCCAGUUCUACAACACGGACAUCGAGGUGGAGAUCCUCUCCAAGGAGGAGACAGAGAAGAUGACGUACGUGGUGUACAAGAUGAACUUUGACAACGCGGCCUUCAAACACCGCAGGCCGCAGCUGAGGGCGGCCCCCGACUACGAGAAGCUGCCCAUGAAGAAGGGCAUCUUCUUCGACAUGUUCCCCUUCAGCAUGAUCUUCCGACGCGACAUGACCAUGUCCAGGAUCGGCGAUGGCCUUAAGGAGGUCUUCUCGGAUCUGCAGGGCAAGAAGGUCAACGAUGAGUUCACCCUGGUCCGGCCCAUGCUGGAGUUCAACUGGGAAAAUAUCUACACCCACCUCAACAAUGUGUUCGAGCUGGUGUCCAAGGCUGUGGUUGAGAGCAAACAGAAGUCAAGUGUGUCCAAUCCCAACAGAGAUCCUGAGAAAGACCAACAGAAUAAAGAGGUGCAGGAGAGCGGGGACAAGGACGCGGCCCCUGACUACGUAAGUGGGACCCCGAAGAAUGUUAGGGGUGAGGAUAUUGAGCUGCUGGCAUUCCAGACUGUGACAGGGAAGUGCAGUGACACCAUCUUUGAGGACAUGCGGGAACCCUCCAAGAAGCCACUGCACCUGAAGGGACAGAUGAAGUACGUGUCCCAGUGGGAUUCCCUCAUCUUCCUCGGCACCCCCAUAAUUGAGACAGUGGAGGACAUGAUCAAGAUGGGGGUUUAUGUCAACGACCUCAACCUUCAUGACUCCAGCCGGGAACUAAUCCUUGCUGGGACACAGCAAUCUGCCGAACUUCAGCUUGCUCUGGACCAGGAGCAACAGAAGUACGCCCAGCUCCAGGAGAUCAUCAAGAAGCUGGAUGAGGAGAAAAAGCGAGGAGAUUCCCUUCUCUACGCCAUGAUCCCCAAGGCUGUGGCCGAUCGCCUCAGGAAGGGUGUAACGGCCCUCGAAACCUGUCAGGUCUUCCCUGACGUAACCAUCCUCUUCAGCGACGUGGUGAAGUUCAACGAGAUCUGUAUCCACAUCACCCCGAUGCAGGUGGUGGAUAUGCUGAACGAGAUCUACAUCGUCUUCGACACACUAAGCGAGAAGCACAAUGUCUACAAGGUGGAAACUAUCCGGGAUGCCUACAUGGUGGUUGCUGGUGUCCCCAACAAAACAACGUUCCACGCCCAUCACAUUUGUGACAUGGCAGUAGAUAUGCUCAGCUCAAUUAACCACCUAAAGGACCCUUCCACUGGGGACAACAUCCAGAUUCGAGUGGGGAUUCACUCUGGGAUGGUGGUAGCCGGUGUGGUUGGUUUGAAGAUGCCACGGUAUUGCCUUUUUGGAGACACAGUCAAUACCGCGUCCCGGAUGGAAAGUAAUGGUGUGGGAAUGCAAAUCCACAUCAGUCAGACCACUAAGGACCACCUGGAACACGAGCCCUACAUCAUCGAGGAGCGGGGUAAAAUCUUCGUCAAGGGUAAGGGAUACAUGAAGACAUAUUGGUUGAAAGGGAAGAGGACGCAGGGCUUCACGAGUGAUUAUAGCAAUGAGUUAAAUGAAAACAGCACCUCCAGCCGGAGUCCGAGGGACUCCUCCCAGGAGCUGGACCCCGAGGAUGAGGCCGAGGAGACCCUCCAUUCCUCUAGUUCCUAUGAGGGAUCUGAGGACUUUCAGGAGCUCAGGAAGAGGGUGAGAGCCCCACAGAGGAAAGAGGUGCCACAGCAAGUUGUUGCCACGGAGACGGUGCCGAUGACCAAGACGAGAGCCCAGCCAAUCACUCGUGCCCUUGCACCCAAUGCCUACCUCAGGAGUGUCACCUGCGUUCUGAUUUGAAGGCAGUUCGGCUGCCCGCUGUUUUUGUUGCUUGGUUGGAAAAGGCCUGGAGGGCGGCCAUCUUGUUUCUCAGCCCCAUCGCCCCAUUAAGCCAACAUCCCCAUCCUUCUCCCCACCCCUUUUGCACCAUCAGCUCUCCCGUCACUCCAAAACACCCAGACCCCAACCAGCAUAAACCAUCUGCCCCCUAUACUUCCACAUCCCAAUCCUCCUGCACCCCAUCUUCCUCCUCUACACCCCUCACUAUAUCUGUAACCCCCUCCAGCUCCUACACCCCUCCCAGUCUCUGUGACCUCCUCCAUCCCCUACACCCCUCAGUGCCUGUAACCCCCUCUAGCCCCUACACCCCUCCUUGUGUCUGUAACCCCUCCAGCCCCUACACCCUUUCCUGUCUCUGUGACCCUGUCUGGCCCCUACACACUUCCAUGUCUCUGGAACCCCACUGGAUCCGACACCCCUCUUCCUCCUUCCCUCAUUGUCCCUCUCAUUCUCCACUCAUUCCAAUCCUUUUUCCAUUGUCCCCCCCCCCCCCCAACUCCACCAUGUCCACCUCACAUGCUCUCUGAUGCCCGCAUGAUAAAUUCCAUUACCACCCUCUCCCAUCCCCUUUCCCCAGGACUCAGCCUGCUCAGAUGCUUUCCUUUCUCAGCCUUAAACCUGAUGCUGAGAUCUCAAAGCAGUGGGAUUCUCUUCCCCCAUUCGGUGGGCACUGUGCUGUGGGUUCAUGCCUGCUGGGCCUAGGUUCGUGGUGGUAGACCUUCGAGCCUUUGCUUGGAGUCUUAGUCUUUUAGACUUAGAAAACUUCUGUUUUUGGCCUCAGUUCUUAAUCUUGGAUCUUAAAUUUGAGGCCUUAGUUGUUACUUUUCUGGUUUUGUAUUCUUUUAUAACCACAUAGGUGUGGCCACACUUGGAAUGCCGAAUUCGGCAUUGGCCACCCUGCUGUAGGAAAGAUGCCAUUAAGCUGAAAGUGCAGAGCGGAUUUACAAGGAUGUUCCCGAGACUCGAGGGCCUGACUUACAGAGGGAGAGGAUGAGCAGACUAGGCCUUUAUUCUUUAGAGUGCUAGAGAAAGAGGGGUGACCAUAUAGAGGGGUAUAAAAUCAUGAGGGGUGAAUGCCCACAGUCUUUUCCCCAGGAAUGGGAAAUCAAGAACUAGCAAACUCUAAGGUGAAAGGGGAGAAUUUAGUAGGAAUCUAACAGGCAACUUCUUCACCCAGAGAGAAUGGUGCAGGCAGUUGCAUUAACAACAUUUAAAAAACUCUUGGAUAGGUACACGGAUAGGAAAGAUUCAGAGAGAUACGGACAGGUACAUGAUUAGGAAAGAUUUAGAGAGAUACGGACAGGUACACGGGUAGGAAAGGUUUAGAGGGAUACGGACAGGUACACGGAUAGGAAAGGUUUAGAGGGAUACGGACAGGUACACGGAUAGGAAAGGUUUAGAGGGAU